AGGAGGAGGAGGAAGAGGAGGAGGGGGAGGAGGACGGGCCCUGUAACUCAGCCCCAGCGUUUGCCAGGCUCCACGUUCUGCUUUGGGGCUCGCAGGAAGGACAGACACCAUCAUCCUCUUGGGAUGUGAAUGAAGGAGCAGACUUUGGGCUGCCAAGUCAGGAAGGGGGGAUUUAGGCUCUGGAGCAAAUGAAGAGACAAUUCCUCUUCACCAUCGACUGUUCUGGGGAGGAUUUUCCAGCAUGUGGCAGCAAGGAGGGGAAAGGAAGGAGCAUGAAGAGCCCGAGGAAGCUGGGAAGAGCCCAGGGGCUGGAGCAGCACAUGGAGGGUGGGCUUGGGCAGUGGUGCUUCACUUCUUCCUGGUCAACGUCCUGGUGAUGGGGAUGCUCAAGACCUUUGGGAUUUUCUUUGUGGCUUUCCAAGAGGAGGUGGGGGGCUCCUCUGAGCAGGUCAGCUGGAUUGGCUCCAUCAUGUCCUCCCUGCGCUUCCUAGGAGCCCCGCUCAUAUCCAUCGUGUGCCAGGGGCUGGGGGAACGUCCCACCUCCCUCCUCGGGGCCGGGCUGGUGGCCGGGGGGUGCCUGGUCAGCACCCAGGCCACCAGUGUCCCCUUCCUCUGCGUCUCCAUGGGACUCCUCCUGGGGCUGGGCUUUUCCUGCCUGUACCAGGCGGCCGCAGUGAUGACGGCCAAGCGCUGCCGGGCACGGUUGGGCUUUUCCAACGCCCUGGCCCGGUCUGGGAUGGGGCUCACCUUCCUCAUGGCACCGUUCACCCAGCUCCUCCUCGACUCCUAUGGCUGGCAAGGAACUCUCCUGAUUUUUGGAGGCAUCAUGUUGAACCUGGUGCCUUCCAGCCUGUUGCUGAGACCCAUCAGCACCCGACACUCCUCUGCCAAAACCCAAGACUGUGAGUCAUUAAUGGCACAGAAGGACCCAGAAACUCCUGAUGGAUGUUUAGAUGGAACCACUGACAGGGAAUUACACCCUCACAAGGCACAGGAGCUUCCCACCACAGAGAGACUCCUGAUGUCCCACAGCAAAGAUGUCUCUGACCCCACAAAUCCAUCUGCUUUGGGAAAGCUGGAGAAACCCACCCCAGACAGAUCCUCACCAGAAACAGCCACCGGGGCCAAGAGAAGCAACAAACCCCUUUCAGCAACCAAAAAAGAAACUUCUCAGCCUCUCCUGGACUUGUCCCCACUGAAGGAUCCCGUUUUCUUCAUCUUCACCUGGUCUUUUUUGUUCAGCCACUUGGCCUAUUUCGUGCCCUUCUUUCACCUGGUGGCAAGAGCCAGGACCCUGGGAAUGAGCAGCAUGGAUGGCUCCUACCUCAUCUCAGUGGCUGGCAUCACGGAGAUGCUGAGCCAGCUGCUCUCGGGCUGGGUGGCCGACCAGAACUGGACCAAGAAGUACCAUUUCCACGUGACUUACCUGGUCCUGAGCGGGGUCACCAACCUCCUGGGGCCCCUGGCCACGACAUUCCCGCUGCUCCUCACCUACACCGUGGCCUUCUCCGUGUGCUGUGGAGGGUUCAUGGCUCUGGUGCUCCCGGUGCUGGUCGAUCUGGUGGGUGUGGAAAAGCUCCACAGCUACCUGGGGUUUGCUGCCUUCUUUGCAGGGAUAGCAGCCAUUGGAGGACCUCCUCUGGCAGGUUGGCUCUACGACUACACCCAGACCUACGUGUGCUCCUUCCUCUUCGCCGGGGCCUGUGCCCUCCUCUCCCCCCUGUCCUUCUGCUUCGAGCCCUGGGCACACAAACGGGGGCUCAAAGGAGCCCGUCUGAGCCCCAAGCCCAGGGCUGGCUGAAGGGGGAAGGGCUGGGCUGGAGUUGUACCCACAAAGGUAAAGCCAUGGCCAGCACGGCCCAGCUGUCCCGGGAACACCGAGCCCAGCGACAGUGGAAACGGGAAUUUUAGAUGGGAGAUUCAGUUUGGGUAUCUGGAUAUUCCUCCUGAUUAGAGUCUGGGUUUAUAUCUGGAUAUUUCUCCCAAUUACCUUCACUUUGUGUAUCUGGAUGUUUCUCCUGAUUAGAUUCUGUUUUGAUAUCUGGAUAUUUCUCCUCAUUAAAGCCACCUGAGAGA